CACCUCAGAGACGGCUAGUCAAUGGAGUCAAGUGGUCACAUAAUGCGGCGAUAAUAGUGACAAACGAGGCCGCAGCUGGUGUAAACUCUUCUACCAGCAAGACUGCAUUUCAGCAUUAAAAAAAUAGCUUCGCUUCACGAUAAUGGCGGAACAGAGUGCCGUGGUCAUGCAGCAGAAUUUGGACAGGAGCUGCUGGGUGUGCUUCGCCACAGACGAGGACGACCGCACAGCAGAGUGGGUGCGACCAUGUCGCUGCCGCGGCUCCACUAAGUGGGUUCACCAGACCUGCCUGCAGCGCUGGGUGGAUGAGAAGCAGCGUGGCAACAGCACAGCGCGUGUGGCCUGCCCACAAUGCAAUGCAGAAUACCUCAUUGUCUUUCCCAAGCUGGGUCCUGUGGUCUAUGUGCUGGACCUGGCUGACCGGCUCAUCUCUAAGGCUGGACCCUUUGCUGCUGCUGGCAUCAUGGUGGGCUCCAUCUACUGGACUGCUGUCACCUAUGGAGCGGUCACUGUCAUGCAGGUGGUGGGCCACAAAGAGGGCCUGGAUGUGAUGGAGCGGGCCGACCCUCUGUUCCUGCUCAUUGGCCUGCCCACCAUCCCCGUCAUGCUAAUCCUGGGCAAGAUGAUCCGCUGGGAGGACUAUGUGCUGCGUCUGUGGAGGAAGUACUCGAAUAAACUGCAGAUCCUCAACAGCAUCUUCCCAGGGAUUGGCUGUCCAGUUCCUCGUAUCCCCACGGAGGCCAGCCCCCUAGCAGACCACGUCUCAGCCACACGAAUCCUGUGUGGCGCCCUGGUCUUCCCUACCAUCGCCACCAUAGUGGGGAAGCUCAUGUUCAGCAGCGUCAACUCCAACCUGCAGAGGACCAUCCUGGGAGGCAUCGCCUUUGUGGCCAUUAAAGGAGCCUUUAAGGUGUACUUCAAACAGCAGCAAUACCUGAGGCAAGCCCACCGUAAGAUCCUCAACUUCCCUGAGCAGGAGGAGGCCUGAGGAGAGGGACGACGGCCGGAUGAGCCACCCACCUCAGCAGCACGAAGGAGGGGGAGAUGAACCUGUCAGGAAGUGCUGGUCAGACAGACUUUGGAUCAGCAUCAUUUGCCUAUUCCCCCACCCCUUGAACACCCCUCACCCCCGGCACUCGGUGCGAGGUAUCUCGACCACCACCGCUACAUUGUUUUUAAACUUCAGACACUUUGAAGAUGGGCAAGACUGUUUUGCAGUUACAUUCUCUCUCUCUCUCUCUCUCACACACACACAACUAUUCCAAGAACUCAUGCAGGGUGGAUGUUUCAACAAUCACAACACUUAUUGUGAACUUGUAUUUUAAAGAACAGUAUAGGGCAUGUGUAUUUAGAAAGUUUUAUUUUAUUUGAUUUUUUUUUUGCAGAUUUGAAAAGGGUUUCUAUUGAAUGACGAAUAAUGUUCAAUAAUGUGGGAUGUACUAAUUAAAUAAUGUUUUAACAGUUGUCUGUCGUGAUACAGGAGGCAUUAAGGGAAUAUUUCUUAUAUAGUGACUGAACUAUUAACCUAACCCACUGACCACAGAUCAGAUAUUAGAGGUGUGUGUUUUAGAACCUGCAUUAUUUGAGUGACGUUUCAUUCCUUUUCUUUCUUAUGCCUUAGCAGUGUUCACAGUGAUUGUCAUUGUAGCUCCAUGUGGUCUUAGUAUUCACCCAUCACAGCCCUCCAAGGUUUGGUUGAGCUCCAUGAAACCGUCUUUACAAAAUGUGACGAUAACAUGGAUGUUUGUCCUUUCAGAAUUUUUCAGUGACUGAAUGUGAUACUGAAAGCUUCAGGUACUUAGCAUGUGAAGGAACCUUUUUUUAUAUGUCCCAACAUAUGAUCAGACUCUUGUUGCCUGAAUGUAACUGGGGACAGCAGCAAUUAAGUCACUGGUACAUUGGCAUUUGUGGAUAUUAAAGGGACAGUUCACUGAAAUGGCACACCAUACUUUCUCACUUAAGACUAGUGAAAUGUAGCUAUGCAGUUUAUGAUUUCUGCUUCCACCCAGAGAUGUGAUUUGUAUUAUUUUUUAAUUGCACUGAAAAAUUACAUUUUAAUUAAAAUAACCCUAUUGAUCAUUUCUAAUACUUAAAUGCUAUUAACUAUGCAGGAGAAUGCAUUGGUAUAGCAGUUAAAAUCUCAAAGCCUGGACAAGGAAUGGUACAGUGUCUGUGUGAGAGGUAGUUUCAGUGAACUGACUCUUUCACAUAGCACCACAGGAAAGUAAAUGCAUUUGUUUUAAACCAUUGGAGCAUGUGAUUACCAAUUUAACUUUUCCAUGUGGCAGAAUUGCAGUUUGUGGGACAGAACCAUGGUGUGGGUUGCUGUUUCCUGCCUCUCUGGGAAGUAUGAGAAACUAUAGUAUGACUUCAUGUGGACAGACAAAAGUACUACUUGAAAUAUUUAACCUGCACCUAUAAACUGGACUUGCUUUAUAUCUAUGAACCACAGCUUCCCCCUGUACAUUUAAAGGCUCUGCCAAACGAGAUGUGAACUGUGUUGUACAGUUAUUGCUUCAGACUUUUGGGUUCUGUUGUAUCCGUUCUGUGAAUGUAUUUUUCCAAAUGUAGAAGUGCAUGUGUUAAGUGCUGGGAAGGGAGAGGCUGCAGCAGAAAUGCACACACCGUUCCAUUAAACUGUUUAAUUAGAAACAAAACAAACUCAAAACUUCAGCACUCAUCAGUGGCCCAUGAAUUCAACCAGCCAAAUCAGUCUUGUUGCCAGACAUCCAGAAUCUCAAAAUAAAAAUCUGAUUUUCUAAAUGUAAACCUGUCAUUAGGUUCUUAACAGGAUAAACAGUGUGAGGCCCACCCAAGUCUGAUAUGUAAUGUUGCUAAUUUUUUCCGUGAAACUGGCUUCGUCACACCCCCAGGCAUUGAGCUACUGCCUGUGGGAGUCCAAGACGACUGCUGGUUGUCUUUGGGUCAAAUGUUUUUACACAGUAGCACUUGGUAAUGAAGGGCCUUAACUGUAAGUAACAAAAAAAAUUUUGAAAUGGUUUUGAUCUGACAUAGUAAAAUGCUGGAAAACACUGGGCAAGCUUUAGAUAGGCCCCCCCUUCUUAUUCUGCCCCAUACUUUUCCCUGUCCACAUCAUUAAGUUUAUUGCUUAGAGAAGUGCAUAUAUUCAGAAGAAAGUCCAGAAUGGAGCUUUUCUCCAACCCCCUUCUGCCAUCAACCUGAACUGUCUCAGAGAAAAAGGCUAGCUUUACUGGAAGAGCCUAAGCUCAGUCAUGCAGUCUGGGUGGGUGACAGGGUGAGAUCCUGGAGCAUUUUACCCUGGAUCAAACAGGGAGCAGCCCAGUGCAGCUGCAUACAAAUAAACCGAUUCCCCUUGGAAAGGCACAAGCUGCAGAAAGUCUCACAUUCAGACAGAGUGCAGAAUGAAAUGGGGGGGACUAUUUUAAAACAAAACUUGAAGACCAAUAAUUUAAUCACAUUAAGUGAACAAGGAACUAAUGUAGAUGAGACAAAAGCUGUUUAUUUCAAAUCGAUCACUAAUAUCUAAUGUAAAAAAGAAAAAACAGCAUGGAGGUACCCCUGAGAUCUCAAUUACAUACUACUGUAAAAUGAAGUAAAAUAUAAAAACAUGAUUCGUGAGUGGAUCUCCACGAUUAUAGCAAUUUAAAACAGCUUCUCCAAGGGUCCCAACAUUUUACUAGUCUACAAACAAAAGCAUUUCAAAACCUGUGAGGAUUAAAACUAAUUAUAAGGCAGUUAUUUGUCAAAUGCAUACAUGAGAAUAAAAUACUCCAUCUGAAUGAGCACAUUUCCUGACAGUGUUUGCAGGAGCGUUAUGGUGCCUCAGUUACAUGGCGAACACCAGUCUGACAGAUAAAACCUUCACAGAAAUACUAUCUUUAAUCUCUACAGCCUCCAGUUCAUCACAAACCCGCUAUCAAUUUCCAAAGCAGCAUAUCUGAAUAACAAAUAAAAAGCCUCCUACUCUGAA